CACACAACACAAGCUAGUGUUCGUCACUUUCUCCAGCCUUUCUCUGAGAGAUUCUAACAAAACAUCUUUUUAUUCUACACUUGUGACAGCUGAUCAUGAACUUACUUUUAUCCUUUCUUCUGGCUGUGCAAAUACACCGCGUGGCGCCUGUGAUUCACAAAUUGAAUUAUUUGACCACUGCCUCCUCUACAGUAAAAUACAUCCCAGGUUUUGUGGAGGUUCGUUGUGUUGAUGAAGUUGAGAUAUUUUACUAUGACAGCAACACCAGGAAAGCAGAAGCCAAACAAGACUGGUUGAAGAAAUACACAGCAUUCGGAAUAGAAAUGUAUUACUGGCAGGGACAGGUAAGAAAUGCUGCUGAUAAUGAGAAGGUCUACCAAUACUACAUUGAAAUUGCAAAGGAGCUCUUCAACCAAACUGGAGGUGUUCACAUUCUCCAGGUGAUGUACGGCUGCGAAUGGGAUGAUGAGACUGAUGAGGUUAAAGGUUGGUUUCAGGCUGGUUAUGAUGGAGAAGACAUCAUAUCAUUGGACAUGAAGACAUGGACAUGGACUGCAGCAAAACCACAAGCUGUCUCAAUCAAAUAUCUGUGGGAUGGAGACAAAGCUGAACUGGACUACCAUAAGGAUUACUACACUAAUUAUUGUCCUUAUUGCUUGAAGAAUUAUGUGAACUCUGGGAGGAAGGUCCUCAUGAGAACAGAGCUUCCAGAAGUUUUUCUCCUCCAGAAGACGCCGUCCUCUCCGGUCAGCUGCUUCGCGACAGGUUUCUAUCCCAACAGAGUGGCCUUGUUUUGGAGGAAAGACGGCGAGGAGCUCCACGAGGACGUGGAGCACGGAGAGCUCCUUCCCAACCACGACGGAACCUUCCAGUUGACGGUGGACCUGAACGUGGAGGUGACGGCCGACGUGGAGGGCAAGUACGAAUGUGUGUUUCAGCUGUCUGGCGUCAAGGAGGACAUGGUCACCAAGCUGGAGAGAAGAAGCAUCCUGAGCAACGCAAACCAUGAGGACCACGGGAGUGUUGCCGUCGCCGCCACGGUGGCAGUCGUCACUGUGGUGGUGGUCCUCCUGGCGGCCAUCAUCAUUGUCAAGUGUCGCAAGAACAGACAAGCCAACCACGAUCCAGCUGCUCGUGAUGGUGGUAGCGAGCUCUCGGAGUGUCUGUCGGCUGAAAGCUGAGUGAGAGACAGCAGCCGGCACACAAGAGAUGUCUCCACCAAAGGGAUUUUUGUCCACUGGGGGACGUCCUUGCACUUGGAGAUGAGAUGGAGAUGUGGUUUGUUCUUCAUCAAAGUGCUCCUCAUUUUAUGUGGUGUCUUCUUUUGGUGUUUAAGGCUUUGAAAACACGUUAUGAUCAAAUUUUGUUGGCUUUGGCGAGGUUUCACUUUUACUGGAAAUCAAGACGUUGUUACAGUCCACCUGCAUCGGUGCCAAGUUGGGGUACCGACUUACCAGGUUCAACACAAAAGAUGCGGGGGCCAUUUUGAUAUUUUCCGUUUUCUAAAAAGGCUAAUCCAACGUAGAUAUGCUGAUAAGCAGGGAUGCGCCCAUCGAUCAGCCACGGAUCAGUAUCGCCCGACUUCCGUAAAAAAAUCGAGUGAUCGGCUUAUGCCGAUAAAUGCAUUUCAACGCCGAUCACACGUGGCUAGCACUACAGUAUAACAGUCUGCAGCGACCCUUUCGUGCAGUGCAGUGUCUUGCGCUAACUAACGUCUCUGGCAGUGUCUUUCCUUUCCAUUAUGUCUGCUAUGUGGAACCUAACUGCUAACACAUGCCACGAAAAAUACCUGGCGGGGGUAGCACGUUAAAGAGCUUUAAUACGGCAUUUGAAGAACAACACUUGACGGAGUAUGGUGAGUUUUGGAGGCUCACAGUGUUUUAUCAUCAGACAAACGGCAGCUAACGCAGCCGUGCGGCUAACACUCGCCCGUAUGUGUGUGACAGUCGGACGGCUAAGAUUAUAACCCGAGAUAUAAUGAGAUGAGCAGGCUUUCUCAGCGGCGGCGGACACAGGGUUCGCCAAAGUCUCCUUAAAUAGUGAUAAAUGUUGUCUUCAAAAAGUAAGUAAAAUACGUUUUUGUCUGAAUUAAUGUGAUUUUAUGGUUCCUUUUUUUCAUACCAUAUAGCCAGCAGCAGGGGUGCAGCCAGAAAUUCUGGGUCCCAUGAAAAAAAACAAACACUACUGCCCCCUCUCUCCCUUUUAUUAAUUAAUUACACAUUUUAUUAGUAAUUACGGAUUUUUGGGCCGCCUGGCAGUCAAGGGACUUUGGAAUUGUCCUGACUUUCCCCCUUUAUUCAGCACCUCGGGCCAAUAGCAAUCAUAAAUACAUUUAAAAAUGUAUAAUUAAUCCAUGUGAUAGGUAUCUGUAUCGGCCGAUUUCAACCCCGGGUGAUCGAUUUCGGGAUCGGCAGAAUGAAACCCUGAUCGGAGCAUCCCUACUAAUAAGUCAUGUAUACUGACAAACAGCCUGCGUGUCAGCUUUGUGUAAUGGUAAUGCUUUAGUUGAUUCUGGAACAUGCAUAACAAGUUACAUUGAAGUACAUCACAUGUUUACAGUUACACAACUCAACAUGUCCGAAAAGGAGGAGGAAGAAGCAAAGCUUAUUUAAUCAUACCUUGAAAAGAAUGUUUACUCUACUGGGCAGGAGGUUGUUAAUUGCUUUGUGCAUAAUUUUAUCUGUUUAAAAAUAGUACAAGAUCAGUGAAUUUUACUGUUUGUGAUUUUAGGAAUAA